AUGCAGUUAAUGGAAGAGCCUUCAGGAGUGUUGUCGAACAGGACAUUAUUUACCUUGAAGGUGCAAAUAAACGAUCUGGUCACUCGUCAUUAUCUGGAUCAGGUCCUUGUUGAUGUCUUUGUUAACUACACAAAAACAAACUCAGCCACCACUGAGAAUGGUGGAGGAGUUGUUUUGAAAGUACCUUACAAACUGGGCCUUACUCUGACUGUCACAGCGCGUAAAGGAGGAUACCUGCUAGCAUCGUUGCCUUGGAAAACCCAAAAAGUGCCAGUUUUUGCGGCUGUAACCCUUUCAAUGCUCCCACAAAGUCGAGCAAAUCUCUGGUUAUUUGAAGACACAAUUUUAAUCACAAGUGGAAAAAUUGAUGACCGAAGGUAUCCUAGUGUCCAGUUUCCAAAGGGAUUGCUGAGACUACCGAAGAACACCUAUGUUUCUAACCUAACAGCCUAUCUCACAGCUCCACAACCUCCCUGGGGAACAGACAACUUUAUCCAUACAAUGGGAACCUUAAUGAACAAAUCAAGACUGAAGAGCAUUGAAUUGACACCUCUUGCUGCUGUUAGUGUUCAGCUGUUUUCUGCUGAAGAAAAUGUGAAGGUUUCAGGAUCCAUCCAAAUUACAUUACCUCUUGGACCAACAGACGUAGUGACACAUGCAGAUGCCCUUCCAGCCUGGACAUUUGACCUGAAAAUUGGUGCCUGGGUAAACAGAGGACUUGGAAAAGUUCGAAAGGAAGGUGACCGACUUGUCUGGACAUACAUGGCCCCUCAUUUGGGUCACUGGAUAGCUGCACCCUUACCUUUAACCACAGGUACGAUUGGUCGUAUUGCAAAAGAUAUCACCACCUACCAUACCUCGCUCCUCGUGGCUAUAUUAGGAGGAACUGCAGUGAUUCUUGCAGGAUUUGUGGCUGUGUUGUUUUGUUACUGCAGAGGAAAAUAUGGUCAUACACACAAGAAGCCAAGAACCAAGACUAAACUGGAUACAUCAAAAAAGGACCAGACUACGUCAACUACUCACAUGAACUUGCUGCCAGUCACCAAAGAAAAUUUAAAAUCUGAAGAAAAGCUUGCUUCUCAACAGCCCAAGAUAGCCCCCUAUAGUCCAAAGAGAGAACUGUCUCAAAAAGAAGUGAAUGAAUUUUGUAAACUUGUGAAUAAGACUUCAGAGAAACAAAAUAAUGAGACCUGCAAAAUUUAUGUUGACAAUUUCACAGUGCGGUCUCGGAAAAAAAUAAGUGAUAACCUUCAUAGUGAAACUCUCACCCUGCAAGCAGUCAGUAGCCCUAAGGAUGUACCCAAAAAUGCAUUGCAGAUAAAGCAUAUGAAGAUGCUAGCGAGGAGAAAGGAGAUGAUGGAAGAACAGUACAAAAUACAGCACGCUAACAAUGAAGAAAUGUACCAAUUACCCCAUAUUUCAAACAAACUAUUGCCUAUUUAUAAUCCAGCCAUGGCUAUUAUGCAGACUCAAGGUCUCUUUUGUACUUCAGACCAGGUUGCCAGGUCAGCUACUUUGCCCAGAAAUAAGCAGAUCAUCUAUAGCCCUUUGCCUGAGCCACUAACCAGGGAUAAUUACACUCAGACACUUCCUAAAAUGCCAUUGCACUCCCAGCAACAGACUGAAUCCCAGAGAGAGCAGCAUAUUCUUCAGGGACAACAGGAUUAUAUAAAUUCAAAACAGGUAUUGGAUUCUAAGUCAGCGCUGCCUGCAAACUGGGGAAGAUAUAGCAACAACCUCCUGGAAUCUGUUUCUGUUCCUGGCACAUUGAAUGAGGCAGUGGGAGUGGCUCCAUUUGCCACUGAACUGCAAGGCAUAUCUGAACAGACACUGUUGGAACUGACCAAAGGCAAACCUUCCCCACAUCCCAGAGCAUGGUUUGUAUCGCUGGAGGGUAAGCCAGUACCUCCAAUCAGACAUUCGUGCAUGAUUGUUCAGAAACCGAAAAAAGCACACAGCAAUGACACAAGCCUCGACUCAGGAGUUGACAUGAAUGAGCACCACACUGGCAAGAAGGUUGAAAAGGAGAAGACCUUCAUCAAAACUGCACCUGCUUCAAAGAACCUGUACUCUGAAGACAUGGAUCUGAGUGGCAGUGAAAGCGGCACCACUGUCUGUACCCCAGAGGACCUAUCUUUCAGACAUGUAUUGGAUAUAGGAAGCGACCAGAUAGUUGAGGUUGAGGAAGAACAAAAUGACCGAAGUUUGCUGGACGAUGCAAUAAGUGUAACCCCUCCACAUAGGAAGGGACGAAUGAGUACUAAUGGAGAUGGGGAAGAUAGUAAAAAAAGUGUUUGGCAGAAGAGAGAGGAACGACCUCUCAUCUCUAUAAACUGAGUUGAAUUUCUUUGAUUCCAAGUUAUUACAAUGGAACAAAGCAUGGUUUUAGUUCUGUGGUUAUUUUAAUAAUUAGUUACAUUUUGUGGUACUGAAUAAAGACAUCCUGUUUGUAUAUGGUGUAUAUUUAGGAUCAUUCAUCUUGAAUUCACUGUAAAUAAUUACGCACAAGGUUAUUAAGCACCAAGUUAUUUCUGUCCUUUAAAUUUUUGCACCAGAAUUUGUUUAUAAACAAAUGGUGGAAUAUCUGAUCGGUUUGCAGUAUAUUUUUACCAGCAGACCUUGAAUUCUUUCUUUUACAAUCCAUUGCCCUCUUUUGAAUCUGUCACCUCUGCCACUGUAAAUCUCCAGCAAGAAAUGAACAAAGUGAUCUUUUCUCUCUUGUCUUAAUGUUUAAUGUCAAUCUGUUCUGUAAAUGCAUUGAUAAUACUCCCUGCAAAGAUAAAAAUGGUUAAGUCCAAAUCCAGUUGUUACGAUCAAUUCCUGUGAUGCCCAGACAUAACAGCUUAUCUAAAAAUUAAAAAGAUAUAUUCUGAAUAGAAUGCUGACUUAACUUGAAUCUGUAUCAACAAUGAGAUAGAGCGCUUCAUCUUCAGGCGGUUGUCAUACCAAACCUUUAUUUUAGCAUGAAAAUAGUACAAGACACUGCCUUUUACAAUUUAUACAAAUGAAAUGUAUUUGCCAAAGUUGAAGCAAUAUAUAAUUUUACACGAAAUAUUUUAUAAAAUGUUUAAAAAUAUAUGUUUUAUAAAAGCUCCAAUCCCAAAAGCACAAACUUUUCAAAUUUACUAAACAGCGGGAAAAGAUUGUUAAAUUUUGCAUGCAAGUACAGGAUUAGUGAUUCGAUUCAUGCAGCAACAUUUGCAAAACACCAGAGUUUUGCUUGAUCAUGCACUCUGAGAGGCUGCUGUUCAGAUUUAAGUAGAGGCUCAUGCUUUAAAAUUAAAUCUAAAGGACUUUGUAAAAACACAAUAUUCAUGAAUCGCCAUAAGACGUGGAAAGCACAAGGCCGAAAUAAAACUGUCACCAAAUUCUAACCCCAGUAAUAAAGGCAUAACUAUUUUUAUUCUUUUUGUGACAGAGGUGGGCAGAAAAUGUUGAAGUCAGUUGUUUUGGAGUUUUGCUGAUAAGCAACAGGGAAGCAUGUGUACUAUAUAUAAAAAAGCUGUAAUGCUAGUUUCCAUUGUUCUCAUUAGCCUCCUUCAUUUUGUUACAUCUAUCUUCUUUCAUUCAGAUUCUGAGGAACCACUGCAGUUUUUAAAGUUGGCAGUCUACUGAUGUUGAGAAUUAGUGAAUCUUACUAACUGUUGCUGUUAGCCAUAAUUCAGACACUUCUCCUGACCAGAAUGCAUUUUUAGAAUACAGCCCUGAUUCAAAUAUAGUUUAAUCUUGGGAACUACAUGCUCUGAAGAUCAGGGUCAUUAUUUUAUAUAAGUACAUAUCUCAAAAACAAUCUGGAUUUUCACUUCAUUGGUUGACAAAAUGCUGGAACAAAAGCAGAUGCCUGCUGUUUGUGAAACCAUUGGAAAGUAUUUAAUUGUAUUAUAUGUUAAGAAAAGUGUUUGUUUCUUCAGUGUGGUGUCAAGCAUGGUUGCAUGUUCAUACAUUUUGUUUAUUAUCAAAGCCAAUUUUGCCAUUAGAUUCCUGUGUUCAGUGUAGUAUUUCUAAGGAGUAGUGAAUUACUUUCAGAAUUGUUUUAAUACAUUGUUUGAAACCCAAUAAAAUGGAACUGAAUUU